CUAAAAAAUAUGGAGAUAAAGCAUUCGGCAAUCAAUGGACAUUCCAGCAAGACAAUGCACCUGCACACAAAGAUGAUUUAACGCAAGAAUGGUGCAAAAAUAAUAUGCCAAAUUUUAUUGAUAGACCUCAUUGGCCGGCAAAUAGUCCCGAUUUAAAUCCGUUAGAUUAUUCAAUAUGGGAUGAAUUUGUUCAACAAAUGAAUUGGGAUAAAAUCAAAUCAAAAACAACUUUAAUGGAAGAACUGAAACGUGCAGUUAAGAGAAUUAGAAUAGAAAUUGUUUUAGAAAGUUGUGCUAGUUGGACCAAUCGUUUGUAUCGUUUGUCAAAAAACAAUGGAGAUUAUUUACAUUAA